AUGAUGGGUGGUGGUGAGUUUGAGGAUUUGUUAUGUUGUAUUUUGCUUGCAAAGAGCGACAAAACUCGUCUCUCAGCUUUACUGUCUCUUCAGGCCAACUGUACCCUUCUCCUCACCGACACCCACCGCAUGCAUGCAGCCUUCUCCGUGCUAGAAGGCGUCGUCACCAACUGCACUUCUUUUGCCUUCAGGCUAGGCAAGGGGGCCUCAAAACAAACACACACCAACCACAAAACACACAGCAAGGGGGCCCCGGCGGGGGGGCCCCCAAGGGGGGCCCCCACAAAGGGGAACACAAGGGGGCCCCCAGGGGGGCCCCCAGGCCAGCCAGAGGGGCCCCUGCAAACAUAUACGGGGGUAGAGGGUGGCAGUACCCCUAACACAACUAUACAUUCACCGCAUGCAGCAGCAGCAGCAGGAGCAGCAGCAGCAGCAGCAGAAGCAGGAACGACAGGCUCGGCUGCUGGUGCUGCUGCUCCGGGAGGGAAAGCGAAGCUUCUCCCCCAUCAACAGCAGCAGCAGCAGCAGCAACAGCAGCAGCAGCAGCAGCAGCAGCAGCAGCUGUCUCCUUCUCGUGUCUCCUUCGACAGCUCCCCCCCCAGCCGCAGCGAAUGCUCUGCAUCCCCUGAGUCUCCUCCUUCCCCCUUCCCCGCCCCCCUCAGCAGCAGCAGCAGCAGCAGCAGCAGCAGCAGCAGCAGCAGCAGCAGGAGCAGGAGCAGGAGGAGACAGGGUGCAGCAGGGUGCGGCGUGUUGUCUCCUUCUUCUUUUUAUAUUUCGGUGAAGAGAUCUUUCUCUGUAUUGAGCCGUCUGCUGUCUCUUCAGGGGGGCCCCCUGCUAACCCAGGGGCCCCCUGGGGGGCCCCCCGGGGGGCCCCCCGGGGCCCCCGCAGGAGAGGGUACAGCUGAGAUGCCGCUGUAUUAUAAACGUAAGGAAAACACGCCAGAGCCCCUCUUGCUUCAACAACAGCAGCAGCAGCAGCAGCAGCAGCAGCAACAGCAACAGCAGCAGCAGCAGCAACAGCAGCAACAGCAGCAGCAGCAGCAACAGCAGCAGCAGCAGCAUACCCUAGCAAAAGAAGAAAAUAAAUAA